AUGGACUUCAGGCCCCUGGUCACAGUCCCAGGACCUCAGGCUCCUGGUCACAGUCCCAGGACUUCAGGCUCCUGGUCACAGUCCCAGGACUUCAGGCUCCUGGUCUCAAUCCCAAAACCUCAGGCUCCUGGUCUCAAUCCCAAAACUUCAGGCUCCUGGUCUCAUUCUCAAGACUAUAGGCUCCUGGUCUCAGUCCCUGGACUUCAGGCUCCUGGUCUCAGUCCCUGGACUUCAGGCUCCUGGUCACGGGCCCUGGACUUCAGGCUCCUGGUCUCAGUCCUUGGAAUUCAGGCUUCUGGUCUCAGUCCCUGGACUUCAGGCUCCUGGUCACAGUCCCUGGACUUCAGGCUCCUGGUCACAGUCCCAAGACUUCAGGCUUCUGGUCUCAGUCCCUGGACGUCAGGCUCCUGGUCACAGUCCCUGGACUUCAGGCUCCUGGUCACAGUCCCUGGACUUCAGGCUCCUGGUCACAGUCCCAAGACUUCAGGCUUCUGGUCUCAGUCCCUGGACGUCAGGCUCCUGGUCACAGUCCCUGGACUUCAGGCUCCUGGUCACAGUCCCAAGACUUCAGGCUUCUGGUCUCAGUCCCUGGACUUCAGGCUCCUGGUCUCAGUCCCAAGACUUUAG